UCAGCCAAUCAUCUCAGCGAGUAAAUAGAAGCAGGAAGAAAGAUGGACGCGUUAACAUUGGGCUCGCACAGGCUAGUCCAUCUUGAUUUCAAGGGUGCACCGCCGCGAACAUGUUACUUUGAAAAGCUUUUUCCUCUCUUAAGAACAUGGGGAGCUACUGGAUUAUUGUUGGAAUGGGAAGAUACAUUCCCUUACAAUCGAGAACUCUCACCUGUAGGAAGCAAUGGACCAAGCAGCUUAGCCAGUGGAUACACAGUCCAAGAAGCUAGACAUAUCUUACAGAUAGCAGGUGAUUGUGGCUUGGCGGUUGUUCCAUUGGUACAAACUUUUGGUCACAUGGAGUUUGUUUUAAAACAUGAAGAAUGGAGAUCAUUGCGAGAAGUAGAACCUUUCCCAAGUUCUAUCUGUCCAUCAAAUCCAAGGACACUUCCAGUUGUGAAGUCCUUGAUACGUCAGAUUGUUAGUUUUCAUCCAGACAUACAAUACCUGCAUAUAGGUUGUGACGAAGUAUGGCAUUUAGGUCUUUGCUCAGUCUGCACUAAACGAGCUGCUGCCAGCAAAUAUGGCAAAUAUUCUCUAUAUCUGGAGCAUAUUCUGGCAAUAGCCCAAUAUAUACAGGAAAUUUAUCCAUACUUAAAAAUUAUCAUCUGGGAUGACAUGUUAAGAUCAAUAGACUUACAGGUUUUGAACGAACAUUACAUUGGCAAAUAUGUGGAGCCUAUGGUGUGGCAUUAUAAUCCCAGAGACAAUUUUGCAUUGCCCCAUGGUCUAUGGGAUAAGUAUAGUGCAGUCUUCCCCAAUGUCUGGGCAGCCACUGCAUUCAAAGGCGCUACUGGUUCUGCACAACAUAUACCUAUAAUUCGACAUCAUAUAAGCAAUCAUGAAAAAUGGCUAGAGGAACUGGGAGCCCAUGUAAGUAAAGUGCACGAGUUUCGGGGUACAGCAUUCACUGGUUGGUCAAGGUAUGAUCACUAUGCUACAAUGUGUGAACUACUACCUACGGCGAUACCAUCAUUAGCUUUGUGUCUGAAAAUUUGGCUACACGGUUAUACAGAGCAGACGCAUACACAGGUCGCCAAAAGUUUGGGAUAUAUCGAUUAUCCGUUGCAUAUAACACCACAGCCUAGACCAGUGCCGAUACCUAGUAAUCUGCUUUUUCCGGGAUGGCAGGUAGCUGUGGGUAUGGAAUGGUUUCUCAAUUUCAAGACAAAGUUUCAUAAUAUCGUCUCCAAUGAUCAAAUUAUGACAUGGAUGAAUCCAUGGCAAGUGGCGAAUAAUUAUACAAAUCCUAUGCAAUUGGAAAAUUUGAUACCUGCUUUUACAGAGUUAUUAUUGGAAUUGUCUUCCUUGGAGGGUUAUCUGCGAGUUCAAAUGGAAGCAAUUUUCUUUUCAUCGAUGAUCGAGGAAUGGAUUGGUACCAAUAUACAGCCAAUGAAGAGAAAAUUAACGAAGUUGAAACAAACUACUGAGAAUCAGCUGAAGCAAAAUAGUCCGUUAACCUAUUUUUAAAGAAGUCACUGGAAAAUGCAAAAAAAAGAUAUAUAGUUUCCUAAGAAGAAUGCUUUAUUAUUUUAAUACUGGAUACAGAAAGAAAGAAAGUUUUACCGAUACGAGAGGUGUUCUGUGAUACUUGGCUAUGAAAGGAUAACUAUGGUUCUCAGUUACAAGGGUUAUUAAUGACGAUCAAAAAAUAAUCAAGAUUUGAUCUCAGUAGAUUUUCCUAUUAAGUACAAACAUAAAAUUUCAAUAAAAUCUUUUUUAUUAGACAACUAAGAUUGUGAUUAUAUAUACAUAUAGUAGAUUUAAAAUAUGAAAAGAUUAUAUUGCAAAGUUAAAACUUGUAAAUUAAGUUGUAUUGUUACAGCCUAUUUUUAUGUAAGUGCUUGAUAUGUAACUCGUACAUCUAUAUAUUAAUGAAUAUCAUUGAUAACAUAUUAGACAUUCAUAAAUAUGUUUCAUAUUUUGUCAUAGAAUUAAACUUUUGGCUAUAUUGCACUUAACCAAAUAUUCAAUGUGAUGUAUUCUACAUAUAUUCCUUACAUGUGACGGUUCUUAAUUUGCUUUCUAGUGAUGAAUGGUAUUAUAUCAAUCUGUAUAUGUGUGCAUGUGUACACGCGGUGCGCGCGCGCGUGCGCGUGUACAAAUAUAACAAUAUUUCUCUUUAAUGCAUUAUUAUAUGAAAAACUAAUUUGAAGUAAACAUGUAGGGUAGAAUAAUAUAGUUAUGAGGAUAAUUAUAAUAAUUAUGAAUAAAUCAGAUCAUAUAUCGUA